AUCUUCCAGCUACACAACUUUGGAAAAUCGAUACUUAACUGCAUCACCAUGAAAGUCCUCGUGUUGAUCGCGCUUUUGUCUCCGAUGGUUCUCUGCUACGACGCCAAAUAUGACUCCAUAGACGUAGACAAGGUGUUAGCAGAUGAAGCUCAAUUCAAUGCCUACAUCAACUGUAUGCUGGAUAAAGGACCGUGUACUGUGGAACACUCAGCGGAUUUCAGAAAACUGCUCCCCGAGGUAGUCGCAACCGCCUGUGAGAAGUGCUCAGACAUUCAGAAGGCUAACAUGAGGAAAUCAGUCAAAGCCCUACAGGAGAGGAAACCGGCAGAAUUUGCAGAGUUCAGGGCCAAGUACGACCCUAAGGGAGAGCAUGAACAGAAAUUCGCUGCUUUCAUCCUGGAGACCAAGUAAACGCUACGCUAUCUGCCAUCUUCCUUCAAGGUCACAUAUAAUACUAUUUUCAGGAGGCUCCCUGUGUUACAAAACCCCGGUUAAGGUGCCUAAACUUUCUCCAUUU